GAACAACCAUACCUUCAGAGGUACCACAACUUACUACCGAACUUCCCGAUGGCAUCUAUCCAAGUACCAAACACCACCGAGACGGAGCACAAUGAGAUCUACCAGCAGUUUGCCGAGACGGGCAAGGUUGAUCCAGCGGUGCCCGAGCAUGAGGAGAAGUUCCGCAAGGUCCCCAGUACGGCAGGGGUAGACGAUUACGAUGACUAUCACGUACGGGUGUGCGCUGCUAAGCGCACCCUGCUCAUCAAGCACUGGCUGAUCAUCCACCCGUCGCUGGAGAUCGACCUCGACCGUGUCAUCUAUAUCCUGCCUGCAGCGAACGCGGCCAAGUCAGGGGUCACCUCGUGGGGCGUGGGCGCAACGGGCGUCGGAUGGGCACGCGACUUCCACCGUGUAUUCUCGCGAUCGAAGAGCGUGGAGAACUCGUAUGUGUGCAAGUACCGUGACGCGUGGCUCGGUCACCGUGUCGGCUUCACAGUGGAGGACCCGGCCAAGUUCCUCCAGACACUCGAGAAGCUCGAGCCAGGAAUCACCACACGAGUACAUGAUGAGCAGGUGUAUCAUCCCGAGCCACCAAAGGCUGCUGAGCCAGAGCGGCCGACAGAGGAAGGGCAGGGGACGGAGAUCCAAGUGGGGGAGUAAUGGACCAUGAGUUUGUAAUGGGUUGAUGGGAUACUGUGUCGGACUGAGCGAAACCACUAGCUCAGUAGUUAUUCCUUACUCUGUUUGAUGCACAUGUAUGAUAGGGCAUAUCCAUGAGCCGUAGUCCAAGCAUCAAUGUACAUACCACGAACCUGAGACCUGA